CUUUGUAGCGCGAGCAAGUUUUGAAACUUUCUGCCGCGUUAAUAGUAAACUAAAUCUGGCCCUUCAGAAAGGUCUGAGGGGUUCAAGCACACAACACUACAUUCUUCGAGCCUUUGCCGUCACAACUCUGCAUGAUUGCAUGGUCGUCCCCUCUUUCCGUUACUAUAUAUUGGCCGUGAAUUCUGUGUGAGAGGUAGUUUCGGCCAAUCCAGUAGUAUAGGAGUGGGGGUGGGAGAGCGGAUCCAGGUUUUAAAAUGAGGAUGAUGCCUUUUAUGUGUUUGGAAAGAUAACUCAGGGAGCGACUUGAAAGAAUAAAAUCUGAGGGGGGGCCAAGUUUGUUUGUUUGUUUUUUCCCCUAACUGGAGACUCAGGGAGACUGUGCUGAACUAAGGAUACAGGGGACACCUGCACAAGCUUUGGAUUUUGCCCUGCAACAUCUGAAAGGUACCAUCCAGACACCUGAAGUGCUCUCUCCCAAAUUUGCAUUCCUGCACAUUGAAAGUAUUUCUGCCUCCAAAAAUAAAUAUUUAGAAUUGCCAUGGAAGCAGGCUAUGAGCCAAGGGGAAGGCAGAGGACAGAAAUGAGUGUGCUCCCAAGCUUUCCUGGUGGUAUAUGGCAUUCUCCAAAGUGCUAUGCACGCGCUGCUCCUGACCAAGAAGACCCAAGGGGGCCAUCUCUGAAAUCAAGUCCAGAUGAAGAACUGAGAGGAAACAAGUGAGUAUGGUUUUCGCUCACAGAAUGGAUAACGGCAAGCCGCCCUUGGUUAUUCCCACACUGCUGGUGCCCCUGCAAAACCACAGCUGUGCGGAAACAGCCUCCGCCCUGCCACGCCACGAGCGGACGGCAUUCCACGAGGAGCGCGGCUGGAGGAGCAACACAACAGACCUGCAGCCUGGGCUGAAACCUGGCGAAGUGGCCACAGCCAGCAUUUUCUUUGGGGCCCUGUGGUUGUUUUCUGUCUUUGGCAAUUCCCUGGUUUGCUUGGUCAUCCACCGGAGUAGGAGGACUCAGUCCACCACCAACUACUUUGUGGUCUCCAUGGCAUGCGCCGACCUUCUCGUCAGCGUGGCCAGCACGCCUUUCGUCCUGCUUCAGUUCGCCACUGGCAGGUGGACGCUGGGCAGCGUGAUGUGCAAGGUUGUGCGCUAUUUCCAGUAUCUCACCCCUGGCGUCCAGAUCUAUGUUCUCCUCUCCAUCUGCAUAGACCGGUUCUACACCAUUGUCUAUCCCCUGAGCUUCAAGGUGUCCCGAGAGAAAGCCAAGAAAAUGAUCGCGGCUUCGUGGAUCUUCGAUGCCGCCUUUGUGACUCCCGUGUUCUUUUUCUUUGGCUCCAGCUGGGACGAUCACUGCAACUAUUUCUUCCCUUCCUCCUGGGAAGGGACUGCCUAUACCAUCAUCCAUUUCUUGGUGAGCUUCGUCAUGCCCUCUGUCCUCAUCAUCUUGUUUUACCAGAAGGUCGUGAAGUACAUUUGGAGAAUAGGCACUGAUGGCCGAACAGUGAGGAGGACCACGAACAUUGUCCCAAGGACAAAAGUGAAAACGAUCAAGAUGUUCCUCAUUUUAAAUCUGUUGUUUUUGCUCUCCUGGCUGCCUUUCCAUGUGGCUCAGCUGUGGCACCCCCAUGAACGAGACUCUAAGAAAAGUUCCCUUGUUUUCACAGCUAUCACGUGGAUAUCCUUUAGUUCUUCGGCCUCUAAACCUACGCUGUAUUCCAUCUAUAAUGCCAAUUUCAGGAGAGGAAUGAAAGAGACUUUUUGCAUGUCCUCAAUGAAAUGUUACCGAAGCAAUGCCUAUACUAUCACAACCAGUUCAAGGAUGGCCAAAAAAAACUACGUUGGCAUUUCAGAAAUUCCUCCCACGGCCAAAACUAUAACCAAAGACUCGAUCUAUGAUUCAUUUGACAGAGAAGCCAAGGAAAAAAAGCUUGCUUGGCCCAUUAAUUCAAAUCCACCAAAUACUUUUGUGUAAUUUCGCAGAAUUCUUUUAGUUAUUGUUAUGUG